AUGUCCAAAAAGCUCGUCGUGGUUAUCGGUGGUACCGGUAUGGUGGGAGGCUCUGUUGCUCGGAGCCUUCAAGACAACCCCGAGUGGCGCGUGAGGCUGACCACCCGGGACACAACAACAGCCAAAGCCAAGCGACGUAUUGACGAGGGAUUUGACGUUGUUAAGGCCAACUCCUGGAACUCUGAUGAACUGGACGCUGCCUUCAGAGGUGUCUAUGCCGUCUUCCUCAACACAGAUUCCGAUGAUGCCAACUUCAAGAACGAGAUUGGGCCUCCCGAGUCGGCCAUGGGGAAGCUUGUCAUUGACGCUGCCAUGAGGCAAGGCGUCAAAUAUUUUGCCUUUGCCGGGUUGCCUGAGGCUAAUCGCCUUACAAAGGGAGAAGUUUCCAUUCUAUCAUUCGAUAACAAGAACGCCAUUGCCAACUACGGUCGCCGUGCUGGUUUUGAAUCCUUCAUCGAGGUCAAUAUUGGCUGGGCAAUGGACAUAUUCUGGAUGGAGACGUACGGGAAGGCGUUUGGGGGGUUUGCAACCAUUCCAGACAAGGAAGGCUACCUGACCCUCAAGAUCUUCCCCAUGCCCAACAACCGAAUCCCUUGGACGUCAGUUCGAGAUGACUAUGGAGAUGUUGUCCAUGCGGUCCUUCUCAAUCCUGCAAAAUAUGACAAAAGGACCAUCUGGGCCAUUUCAGAUUACACUAGCCUCCAAGAUGUCGCAGAUGCCUACAAUACCUUUACGGGUACAACCGUUGCCAGGUCAAUCCCAGAGCUGGAGCCAAUGAAGGCGGCUACCCCAGGCAAGACCAAGGAAGUCAAUGGACUUCGCAGCUACUGUCUCUAUAUCAAGGGAAACUAUUGCAAUGGAGAACCUACAGAUGACAAUUUGCUAGUAGAAUCGAGGGGUUUGAAGAAGGAAGCAUCCAGAGCGCGAGGGCGCCGUGGGCAGGACAGCGAGUUGCAGACGAUUCCAGGGUUUAUUCGUACCUACUCCCCGGUUCAAUCUGCCAAUAAACUUUGA